CCCAUAAACCCGGCUCAGUCCACCGUUCCCGCUCGCAGAAAUCCCUGUGUGUCCCGGCUCAUAAGUCUCCCCCUGCAGAAUGGAUUUCCUUGUAAAUCAGUCGCCCCAUCGCCGCUUUUUUGUCCGACCCGUGAAGGCUUCUCAGUGACAUAACAAAAUCAUCCCUAACUCCACUUAACUCCUGUAACUCCGUAACUCCCGCAGAGCGAGUGUCCUUCCACGUCGUCUCGGCUCCCUUCCUUCGGGAACGUUUAGAUUAAAGUAAAGAAUCAGUGGUCCACCCCCCACCCCCUCCCAGUGUGUUUUUCAAUACAACUGUUAUCGCGGUCCGUCUACCCUGAUGUGAACCUCUCCGUUCAGCUGUGACCAGCGAAAUUCAAUAAUCCACCCCUCGCUCGAUAGUUUUUAAUUUUUGGAAUUUUUUUCGAAAUCAAUUCCUGGGACCCUGAGCAACUGUUAAUAGUGCGGUUUUGAGGGUUUUAAGGGCUUUUGAAGGAUAAGAUCCUAGACAAGGUCUGAAAAGGACUUGAAAAAAAAAAUUAUAGUUUUUCUCUUUAAAAUUUUACAUAGCAAACUAUUCACACAUCAAAGCGUUUGGAAAUCAACUCCUGAACGUGUGGCGAACACGUGUUUUUAGCACGGAUCAAAAGGAAGUUAAACGAAAUUUGUAUUUUCGCCGUCUGACGAAUGUUCUGGUUUAUAAGUUGAUUUUCAGAAUUUUCAUUCUAGGAUCCGUUUUCAUCGUGAAAUUGUGAGGAGAAAACAUGUGUGUGGUCCUUCAAUUCAUAUCUUGUCUAGAAACUUAUCCUGUCAUACGAACUCUGUUUUGGUCCUUUCCGUAUACGGGACACGACCGGGAAAAUUAAGGGAAAAGGGCAUCAAAAAAGAGAACUUUACAUCUCGAUAGAUUUCAUGAUCUUUGCCUCAAUCCGUGAGAAUCAACCCCCACCAAAACACGAUUUUAUCUCAGAAUUAUCUGAUCUGAAACUCCUUACAUCUCCUGAUUUCCUGUAUGAUUAUCUUCGGUGCUUCAUUACGAGAAUACCCCAUAGUUAACAAAUUUUAGUUGGAAAAUUCAGAAUCGAGUCGCAAAGACGCAUUCAUGUUUAGUAGAAGAACGGAAGUGAUGCAUUGAAUUACAUCGAAAUCAUCUGUCAAAAAAUUGGCUUCGACUCUGGAACAUUAAGUGACAGAGAUUCCACAGCUAGUUUUCGUCGCUCCCUGAUAAACAUAUCAGAAACCAUGCUUUGUUAUGAAUCCAGCAAAUCAGGUGCUCAAGUAUGCCAACAGUUACCAGCUAGAAUCGAAAAAUAAAUUCUGCCCGGAGAAAGUCGAGCGGAUUUUGCACGAGGUUGUGGCGGAAUCGGUGACGGUCGACACAAGGUAUGACGCCGUCGAGUCCCCCAAGAUGGCGCUCAAGCUUUCCGCGGAUCUUAGAGAGCGCGUCAAAGACCUUCAGUUCGACAGGUACAAAUUGGUAUGCGUCAUCCAGAUUUCAGAGAAGGCGGGUCAAGGUUUGUUGACGUUGUCGCAAGCUCUCUGGGACGAAAAUCGAGACUCCUAUGCCCUGUUCACUUUUGAAAAUUACCACCUUACCAUCUCAGCUGCUGUUUAUGCGUUAUAUUGUGAAUAGAUUUGGACCUCUCUGCUUAUAUUAACAUAUAUUAAAAUAUUCAGAGCGCGAUAACGCGGUACGUUCCACCACGCACCGUCGGGAGACGCUCGAUUUGCAUCAAACAUUUAAAAAAAAAUGUAAAAUAAUAAAAAAAAAUAAAACUUCGUAUGGCUGUGCAAAUGCAAAAAAUAAACACUAGACACGGAAAAAAAUUAAAUUUCGAUUUAGCAUUUAAAUUGUUAUACUAAAGUCCGUCAAGAUACAAAUGCUGAUUUUACAAUACGCGGAAAAAAUUAAAUUGCUGCUUAACAACUCAAUUGCCAAAAAAAGUGACUUCAUUGUUUCAACGUAGAUUUUACAACAAAAAAAUG